CACUACUUGAGAUAUGGCGAACAAUGCACAACUUGCUCAUGGUGGAAACUAUGGUAAUGCAGAACUGUCCGUCAGCAUGUGUGGGCGGGGCUUUAUCAGUGUGACCUCACAUUAACAAGAGAUUAAGAACGGCUAUUUCUAAUGUCAGUACUUUGGUGCAAUAGGGAUUAAAAAAGAACUACUUUUUUAUGGUACAGCUGAUAUGGUAUUCUGGUCAAACACUGACCUCAGAUCUGUUAUACACAGUAAUGAUUUGGGUGUAGCUGUGAUAGGUAGGGUGUGGAGAGAGAGAGAAGAGAAGGAUGUUUAAAGAAGAGUAUUUCCUAUUGUGUUGUAUGCAUUGACAAUGAUGUUGGUGAGAGUUUUAGAUCCAGUACACAUCAGACUUAGACAUGAAGAUAUCUCUUUGUUCGAAGAUGAUGGUGUGUUUGCCGUCAGCAUACGGAGGCUUUACCCUGUAAUACCACUGAAAACAGUGUCUAUUUACCUCAAUUCAAAUACAAAGCUACGCCUGGUCUCAGAUACAAACACCAUUGUUUCUUGAAAGUUAGCCGAGAGAUUAAUGUUUGUUAUGUAAAUACUUUAUAAACAAACUGCAGUCACAAAAACUAUUUUAACUUUUCUCAUUUGCUCGUAUAUCAUUUAAUACGUUUAUGUAAUAUGGGUUCUUUCACUGAAUGGUUCUGUGGGGAACCAAAAAUGUUUCCGGUAUUGUUGUGAAGCACUUUUGUCGUGUAUUAAUCUGUUUCGGUCGCAUUUGUCCGAAAUAUGCACCUUUAAUAAGAAAGGAUUCCUCUUCGACGCACACCUGCGCGAAACUUAUUAAUAUUCACAAAGCUCGCUCCUGUUGGUGGACGUACUGCUGAUGUCAGCGUCAGGGGCGGGGAAAACGCCAAGGACGUACUGAAUAUUCAUUAGCAGUCGUUCGGUUUUAUUAGCGUUUGUGCUGAGGCGACAGAAACAGUGAGAGAAACACAGAGAUCAGACGAGCAUCAUAAAAUAAAACAUCAAUAAAACAGGAGAAGAAUAGUGCAGAUAUUUCGCGCUUAUUUCGCACUGUUUGUGAUUUAUUGUGAGGUUUCUGAUGGAUCUGGUGCAGUUUUAUCAUCCGGAAUCUUUCUCCUUCUCUUCUGAACCGAGCAACUUUCUGAACAUGAUGCCAAUCAACACCCACUGCCCCGCCUACAUCAAGGCAGAACCAUCAAGCCCCGCCUCCCUGCCAGACAGUCUGACCCAGCACAGUCCAGGUGCAUCAUCGGAUGCUGGAAGCAGCUAUAGUUCUGGAUGUAAAGAGAUCCAAACAGAACUGGAGUCCCCAGUGUUGCACCCCCCUGCGCCCUGCAGGCACCUGGAGGAAUCACAGGUGAAGAGGGACUACAGGUUGAGUCCGGGCACCAAACGCCUGUGUCUGGUGUGUGGAGAUGUUGCAUCUGGAUUUCACUAUGGUGUGGCUUCCUGUGAGGCCUGCAAAGCUUUCUUUAAACGUACCAUUCAAGGUAAUAUAGAGUACAGUUGUUCGGUCAGCAGGGAUUGUGAGAUCACUAAGAGACGAAGGAAAUCUUGUCAAGCCUGUCGCUUCACUAAGUGUCUGUCUGUGGGGAUGCUGCGAGAAGGUGUGCGUUUGGACAGGGUGAGAGGAGGACGACAGAAAUACAAGAGGCCCAACUCUAAUUCCAGCAUUUACCUCAGUGUAAAUCUACCUCAAAAUGAACAACUGCCCCAGAGCAGUCAGGAUGAGAAUAAGGUGGUGGCACUCUUGUUGGGGGCGGAGCCAGAGAGGGUGUGUGCUAUGCCUGACCCCGCCCUCCCAGACAGUGACAUCAAAGUAUUAACGACACUGUGUGACCUCGCUGACAGGGAACUGAUGCUGAACAUCAGCUGGGCCAAACACAUACCAGGUUUCUCCAGUCUCUGUCUCUCAGACCAGAUGAGUUUACUACAGAGCGCAUGGAUGGAGGUCCUCAUCCUCCGUGUGGCGUUUCGCUCGCUGCCCUGUGAGGACAGGCUGGUGUUUGCGGAGGAUUAUAUCAUGGAUGCUGAACAGGCCAAAUCAGCGGGACUACUGGAGCUCCACGUCGCCAUUUUACAGCUGGUGCGCAGGUACAGAUCCAUGAGACUGGAGCGAGAAGAGUUCGUCACCCUGAAGGCCAUCGCUCUCGCCAACUCAGACUCGAUGCAUAUAGAAGAUGUGGAGGCGGUUCAGGUUUUGCAGGACUCUCUCCAUGAAGCCCUACUGGAUUAUGAGCGAGUCCAGCACAGGGAAGAUCCUCGACGGGCAGGGAAACUCAUCAUGACCCUUCCGCUCCUCCGUCAGACCUCCGCCAAAGCCGUGCGACAUUUUUGCAACAUCAAACAGGACGGACGCGUCCCAAUGCACAAACUUUUCCUGGAACUUCUAGAGGCCAAUGCCUGAUCUCUGUUCCCAUUGGAUCGUCAAACAAAGGUGACUCCACCCCAUACACAUUUAGGAAGGACAAUUGUUUGUGAAACUACGGCAAUGAUGAAAUAUAACAGUACAUACAAAAAUCAUAAGUGUGUACAAGGAUCCUUAAAUAUUAUGAAGGAGUUUUGAUGAAGGUUUCAGUGAUCGAAAUUGAAAAACUACUGUACAUCUGACACUUGAAGUCUUUUUUCUGUUUUGUUGUUAUCAUCCAUGAUAAACAGAUUUUAAUUUGCUGAUAAAUUUAUGAAACACUGUUUCGCCCAAGAAAAACUGCACUCCUGAAACAAACAUGAAGGAAAACAACAGUGUUAUACACACCGCUUUAAAGACGCAUUGUGUAAAUUUUUGCAGGAUCUCUUGACAAAAAUGCAAUAUAAUAUACAUAACAAUAUUAUCAGUGGUGUAUAAAGAUCGUACAAAAUCUUUUUAUCUACAUAAAACGUGGGUCCCUUUAUAUGGAAGUCGCCAUUUUGCGGCGUCAUACCCUAAACGGACAAACUGCCCUAUAUAGCGCGUUACGUCACUACGUCGCCUCAGACGAUGACAUGUUUGUCCUGUGGUGGCUACGUAGCUUCUCUAUGCAUUUUAAAAAGGGAGAGGUGAUGUGCGGACUGAACCGUUUGGUUGCAAUUCACAGUCUCACCGCUGGAUGUCGCUAAAAAACUACACAGUGGACCUUUAAGUUUAAAUAUAGGUGUAGUCUAAAUUAAAUUAUAUUAUAAUGUAAAUGUAUUUGUUAGGAAAGUGGUCAAAAGAAACGUUGUAUAUCAAAUAUCGUUUCCAGAACAAACAGCAAAAAGUACACUUCUGAUUUAAAAAAUGAAUGCAUUUUAUUAAUUGUACCAUUUCCUGAUUGGUGAUUAUUAUCCAUUAUUGUUGGGUUUGUUUUAACGCCAAAUUGUGUGUGUAUUUAUAAAUCAUAUCCACAUCACUGGAUAUGUUGUUUUUAUUUAAUAGAUCGAACUUAAACUGAGCUGAAAAACUUUAAGCUGAUAACCGGCCUUCUUUGAUCCAAUUGUGUUUUACCACAUGUACCUUUCAGCACUUGACAAAAUAAGCCAUACCAAUAUCUGUUUUUAACAAAAAAAUAAAUAUGUAAAUACUGUAUGAUUUAAAGCAAUAAGAGUUUUAAUUAUUUUUUUCUUUACUAAUACACUGUUUUAUUAAAUUCAUCUUUAAAUUAAAUCCACGGUGACCCAUUAUAGUACAGUUUUAUUCAUACUGACAUACAAGACUUCAGAGGUGAUGGCUGUUUUUUACUCUCUUGAUAUUGCCUGUACGGUAUUGUGAAUGUAAGAGGUUUACAAUAAUGAAGGAAAUGCUACAAGUUGAAUUUACACUACACAUUAUCUGUUAAAAAGGUUACAACAGUAAAGCCUCAUCAUCUAUUCAGUUCAAGUUUUAUUUAUAUAGCGCUUUUCACAAUUUUUUAAUUAUUGUAAAGCAGCUUUACAUUAAUAAAGUCUCUUCAGUAAUGUUUGUUCUGUUGCUAAAUCUGUACUGGUUUAAUAAUGAACAUCUGUUUAUGAUUUUCCCUAUUUCUGUAUGUGAAAGGUUUGUGAAUGAUGUUUAUGUAUAUGAAGCUAAGCUCUUAAUAAUACAAGUUUGUCUUGGCAAUAUCAGUGUUUGAUUAUAAUAAACAUUUUUUUAUUCAAAUAAAUGCU